ACAUUGAAAAGGCUUUCUUGCGUUUUGUUUUGGUAGGUUCAGGUUUAUUAGUUGCAGCUCAAGAUGCUACAGAAGAUGAGGAAGCUGUGGAAGAUACUGUAGUUGAAGAUGAAGAUGAUGAAGCUGAAGUUGAAGAAGAUGAGCCAACAGACUUGACAGAAGAAAAAGAGGAAGAAGACUUGUCGGGAGAACCUAAAGCCUCACCUAGUGCUGAUACAACCAUCUUAUUUGUGAAAGGUGAAGACUUUCCAGCGAACAACAUUGUAAAAUUCCUGGUCGGCUUCACCAAUAAGGGUACAGAGGAUUUCAUUGUCGAGUCUCUCGAUGCCUCUUUCCGGUAUCCUCAAGACUACCAGUUUUAUAUCCAGAACUUCACAGCUCUCCCUCUGAAUACUGUAGUUCCACCACAGAGACAAGCCACGUUUGAGUACUCUUUCAUCCCCGCUGAGCCCAUGGGUGGUCGUCCUUUUGGACUAGUUAUCAAUCUCAACUACAGAGAUGUAAAUGGCAAUGCGUUUCAAGAUGCUGUCUUCAAUCAAACCGUUACAAUUAUUGAAAAAGAGGAUGGGCUGGAUGGAGAAACGAUCUUCAUGUACAUGUUCCUUGCUGGUCUUGGUCUACUUGUCGUUGUUGGCCUACAUCAGUUACUAGAAUCUAGGAAGAGGAAAAGACCAGUACAGAAAGUAGAGAUGGGAACAUCAAAUCAGAAUGAUGUUGAUAUGAGCUGGAUUCCCCAAGAAACUUUAAAUCAAAUAAUGCAGAGUAGAAGAGAUAAAGCUUCACCAAGGAGGUUGCCCUACAAGAGGGCACAGAAGAGAUCAGCGGGCUCUGAUGAGUAAAUGUUAAACUAGUGCAACAGUUGAACCUUUACUAAUCCUGCCUGUUUGGUUCUUUUGGAUUGGAGUAGUGCAGAGAAUCCAUAUCACCAUAAGGAAAAUACUGCUAAACAUUUGGACUGAACAGAUUAACUGAAUGGUGUUAAUAUUACUGAAAAUGCCCUUCUCUUUUUUUUUUUUUUUUUUUUAAAUUGUGGGAGGGGAAGCAGCCAUCAAGAUUUGUGCCUGCGUGUGUAAGCAGUUGGUCUUAACAGAACUAAGUUACCUGAAAUGUGCCUUUAGAGUUCUCUGUAAUGCUGGCUUGUCACCCGUACACUGUCUUGGAAGCAUUUUUCUCCUCCCCCUAAUCUGAAUGUCUAGUGACUUAAUCUGUCUUGAUUGUGUCAUGUCUGUAUGAGAACCUGUAUGCAUUUUUCUUUUUCAGUAAGUAACUUUAUUCUCUACAGCGUGCACACACUGAAGUUUGUGUGUGUGGUCCCAUUUCAGUGGCGAGACACUGAUCAUCUAGAUUUCUGCAUAGUUUGCAUUCUAAAGGCACAAUUGGGUAUAGCUGCUCAUAGUGGUAGAUAUUUUGCUGCUGUUUUGAUCUGGGCAUGCAGUGACCUAAAAAUCUGAACUUACCUGCAUAGAUGUUAGGAAGACUCUUACACAGCAGCAGAACUUGUGAAGCAUGGAAUUUGUGUGCUGAAUUGGUAUUACUACAUAAAUUUUUUUUAUACCCGUCUUGUUAAAUGGUUAGUUAUUGAGUCGUGCCAGCAGCUUAGGUAUUCUGAUUGUAGUGGUAGCUCUGCGAUGUUUAUGCAAGAAAUUAUUGAAUAGGCCAGAACAACUUUUCAGUAAGUUCUUGGUUCCUUCACAAAAUCUAGAAUGUCAGAUGUAUCAAAAUUUGGAUGUUUCGUAAAGCUUUACAUGGGGCAAGGACCUUGCAUUUACUGUACACACUUGAAACUGAAUUUGAAAACCUGUUGGCUUCAAAUAAUCUUUUUAAAUGGCAAACUA